GCUGUGCUCUGUUUGCUUCCAUAACAGUCCAUUCUUCCCUCCUCCUACUCCUGGCUCGGCCUCUCGGGCGCCUUGCUUCCGGCCAUGGCCUCCUCGGAGAGCCCCCUGGAGACGCUGCAGCGGGAGAUCACCUGCUCCAUCUGCCUGAGCUACUUCCGGGAGCCGGUCUCCAUCGACUGCGGCCACAACUUCUGCCAGGCCUGCAUCGCGCAGUGCUGGGGCCGCUCCGAGGACGAGAACACCUCCUGCCCGCAGUGCCGGCGCUGGUCGCGGAAGCGGAGCUUCAGGCCCAACCGGGAGCUGGGCAACGUGGUGGAGGUGGCCAAGCGGCUGCGGCUGGAGGCGGCCUCCUCGCUGGCGGCCGGGCAGCGCCUCUGCCAGAAGCACCAGGAGCCCCUCAAGCUCUUCUGCGAGCAGGACGAGAGCCCCGUCUGCGUCAUCUGCCGCGAGUCCCGCGCCCACAAGGCCCACCCCAUGCUCCCCAUCGAGGAGGCCGCCCAGGACUACAAGAAACAAGUUGCCACUCAUGUUAAGGCUCUGAAGGAAAGGAGAGAGAAGCUGAAGGAGUCAAAGAAGAUUUGGAGUGCAGAAGACAUCAGGACCAUUUUGAGCCGAUGUAAGGAUGGACAGCAGCCUCGAUUGGCUGAAGUUUCUUCCUCUCCGACUGAGCUGGAGAAGAAGCUUGGACAUUUCAGUCUGAAAAAUAUAGUUAUCAAGGAAGCCCUGGAUAAAUGUCGAGAGACUAUGAUAUCAGAAUUAGCAAAAGCAAGGUCAAUGGAAACUUCAGCUAAAAUGGCAAGCAUUACUCUGGAUCCUAAGUCGGCUCAUCCUCUUCUUGUGGUGAGCGAAUGUAAGAAAAGCGUGAAACGCGGAGAGAUGGUUCAACCGCUGCCCAACAACCCUGAGAGAUUUGAUGCCACUCUUAUUCUGCUGGGUUGUGAAAGAUUUGCCUCAGGGAUCCACUACUGGGAGGUUGAAGUGGGCGACGGGCAAAACUGGGCUCUUGGUGUUGCCAAGGAAUCCAUCAAGAGGAAGGGACCUGUUGUCACUUGCCCAGAGGAAGGGAUUUGGGCCUUAGGGCUCUGUGGAGAUGAAUACAAAGCUUUCACGUCUUCUGAUACACGUCUGACCCUAGAUGAAGCCCCUGAGAAAAUCCAAGUAUUUGUGCAUUACGAGAGAGGAUGGGUGGCAUUUUUUGAUGCUGACUACAUGUCCCUCAUUUUUAUUUUCCGGUCAGCCAAUUUUGGAGGAGAGAAAAUCUGCCCUUUCUUUAAAGUGUGGGGUUUAACUACAGUGCUUAGAAUGCUUCCCUGAAACACUCUACCUGAAGUGAGCCGGCCUGUUUAGUAUCUGCAGUUCCAUGUGUGCAUAAUUUCGAACAGAAACUCUGCUAUGGCACAAAAUUUUGAUUUUAGAGAGACCUUUUUAAAAAAAAAAUGUUUGGAUCUCAUCUUUUUGCUCCAUGAACAGAAGUAACUUCCACUGAAGUUAAGUUGAGAUGAGCUUACACUAAGGGGCUGUUCAGACAGGUAGCUGAAUCCCACUCCUUUUUCCUUCAGAUUGGGGCCAUGGCAACCAUAUGCCGCAGCCUCCGGAAGGAGCAAAAAGAAGCUGCAAAAAGCUGCUUCUUUUUGCUCCCUGGAAGGGGCGUCAUAGGCACGGUGGCGCACCAUGGUGAUGCCCCUCUAGCGCUGCAUUGUUUGAUCACUGUACCGGAGGUGCAUUGUCAUGGUACAUGCCGUGUAGACCAGCACACGCCACAAUGAUGCCCUACUGACAGCAGUAGGGCCUUGACCAUGCGGGCACUCAGCCCUCACCAUGCCCCCAGACGAGCACUUUUCGCCAAAGUCCCCUACUGUGAUGGUUAUUCUUCCACGAAUGGGAGCUUGUGUUUAUGGAGCCAGAAGUUACGAUCUAAGCUAAAGACUUUUAAAAUAAGUAAAGGAGCAAGUUUCUUCCUUCACCAAUUGUAUGUUUAUUUAUUUUUUAAAGCCAAGUGUAUAUAAUGUAAGAGAGACUCGUUUGCAUCAUUAUCAACAUUUCAUUGUAGGCUAAUACAAUGAAUAAUAGUAUUUCUUUACACUGCAAUCUGGUAUUACCUCAACAAACAAUCAUCCUUCUGUUUAACCUACACUUUUUAGAACAAACUGUUUUGAUGUGUUUCACCUUUAGUUGCACCUGGAGCAGAGGAAAAGGGAUUCUGAUAUCAGGAAUUAGUUGUUGUUGUAUGCCUUCUACUCAUUACUGACUUAUUGCAACCUGAAGGUGGCCCUAUUAUACGGUUUUCUUGGCAGAAUUUGUUCAGGAGGAGUGGUCCUUAACUUCUUCUGAGACUAAGAGACUGUGACUUGUCUAAGGUCAUCCACUGGGUUUCCAUGGCUGAGUGAGGAUUCCAACCCUGAUCCUCUCAGUCCUAGUCCAGCACUUAAACCACUACACUGGUUUUCACAAUGGAAAUACUGCAUUUAAAAGAGAGGGGGGAUCUAUAUCUCAGCAAUUCAUUUCAUUCCAAAUAAUGUUGGGUUUUUUAAAUUAAUGAAAUCAUUUUUACACCACUGUGCUACCAAUUUUUUUUUAAAAUGCUUUCAAAGCUACUUAAUGACGACACAGUCCCUGCCUUCAAAUUUAUCAUUCAGAAGCCACAAAAUGACAGGAGAAGAGACUGGGAGGAAGAAGAAAAAAAUACGUAAAUGCAAGUACUAGGUUCUAAGCUGCAGACUUCAGUGCCAGAUAAGGGCAUGUUCUUGCUAGAUUGUUAAAGUCAUUGGGGAAUGCAACAGAUUGCUUCCAGAGACAAAGCCUUUUCUAUGAUCUCCUCCAUCUCUAUCCAUAUUAGCAACUUUAGACAUCAGGCUAUGCUUUUCUUCUGGCACAAUUUCAGUUCUUGAUUUUUAUUUUUCCUGUCCCACCAUAUGUCAUUGGACUGCAUUUUCCAGCAGUCCUGGCUAGCAUAGCAAAAGGUGGGAGUUGCAGUCCAUCAACACCUGGAGAGUUGUACUUGCCCAUCCAUUUUGAGAGCAAGGAAGAGAGCUGAAAUAAGUUGGGACACCAAAUCCUGUACAGAUUUGGGGGGGGGGGGGGAAUUGGUGAAAUAGCCUCAUUUCACUUGUGCCAGCUACCCUAAUAGAUGGUAAUGUAGAUAUUAUUCAUGACUGGAAAACACACACAUGAGAGUCUGAAAGUACCGAUGGGGUGCUAUUAAGACUGUUAUUUUAUGUGUACUUACGCUCCUCCAGAAUUCAAUGGGAAUUAUGUCAGUGUGCAUAUGUGUUAGAUGGUGGUAAUCACUAUUUCUAAGAUGCCUCAAUAGCUAGGUGGUGUAACUAUUUAAAAGAAUGCCCCCGGCCUAUCAGACUAGGUCUGACUUUCCUCCUUUUUUUAUUGUUAGUCUCGAAGAUCAUGAACAAGCAUAAUCAUUCUUCUUUUUGUAACGUGUCCCUUGGAGGGGGGGGUUGUGGCUUAAGCACAUGCUGAACAUGCAGAAGUUCCAAGGUUCAAUCCCUGGUUACUCUUUGGCAAAUCUGGGAAAAAUCACAUUUUGGGACAAGAGCUGCUAGAAUUCCUCAGCUAGCCUGGCCACUGAAAAUCCUUAUUAUACAGUUCUCCUCACCCCCAUUUCCUACCAAUUUAGAUUUGGGGUAGUUGGAACAUCCUAAUUCCUUGGCAGUCACUUCUCACCUAAUGCUGAGCCUUUCUGCAGGAAAUGCUUAAUGUAGAAAUGGCAGGAACUGAACCUUGAGCCUUUUACAUAAAAAACAGUUGCUUUAUUGCUGAGUUGCCUCUCCUCCCACCUGCACCUUUGCCAUUAUGCAGUUAUUGUUUUUGUAGUAUUAAUUGUAGAAUGUUUUAUUUAUAUUUAUUGAAAGUAAAUAUUUGCUCUCUCUUGUUGCAAAAGACAGGUUUAGAUCUAAUGGUGGGCCAGGAACAUGUGUCCAACCAGGUACAAUUGAAUUCCAGUCCCCAUCAUUCCUUAACAUUGCCUAUGAUGAUGAUGAGCUGAUGGGACUUGGAGUCUGGCUGCAUUUGGAGGGCUGCAUGUUCUUCUCGUCCUAACCUUUGGAGCUUUCGUUAUAGUAGAGUAGAUUUUGAUGGAAAAUUAGGGGACACUUUUGUUUUUUAUUGUUGUUUUAAAAAAAACACAUACAUAAAAUAGCACAGAAGUUAACCAUCAGUCACAUGCAUCCUUUUUCCGUUCACAGAUCUCUUACUGAGACCGUGACUUCCACCCUAGUAGAUCUUGAUGAUUAACUUAUGCAGUCAUCCUGGCCCUUGUCACACGACUAUCUUAAUUAUAACAUAUUUUUAAAACAUAGUUAGAUAUCUACUCUCUAUAUAUUAAUCUCCUUUACAUCUUCAAUCUGUAAAACCUGUCAGGCUUUCCCCACAAAUUGCUUAGGUAUCUUGUAACAUUUUUCUAAUCAUUCACAAAAUAACCUAAAUCUUUUCCCUUCAGAAGAUGAGCUAAUUUGUCCAUUUCGACCAUAUCUAUUAAUCUUAUUAUCCCAUCCUGCACUGUUGGUAUUGUAUCCUUUUUCUAAAUUUGGGCAUAUAUAAUCCUGGCUGUGGCUGUCAUAGUAAAUAUAAUUCUUGUGUUUGUGCUAUUGAUUAUCUACUGUACUCUAACAAGUACGAUUCUGGUUUCAUUUGGAUCUUAAAUGUUAAAAUUAGGGGAAGUGUUUUGAUUUUAAGAGAUACUCAAUAGCAUAGGCAGUUACCUAGACCAAUGAUGUGUUCUCCCCUGUUGGAGAUCUUACUGCUCAGGCUCCAUGUAAUGGAGAUGCUUUGGCUCUGAAUUUCCAGUUUCAGUCAGGCAUGUGGAUUGUAUGGCUUAUAGCAGGGAUGGGCAAUGUGGGUGGUUAGGGGACUAUGUUAGCCCCUCUGCAUUUUGGCUGACCAUUAAAGGCAUUGCUGUUUUGUGGAUUUUGGAUGUUACUGUACUUGGAGAGCCAUACACUUAAAAAUGAUCCCGAAUGCCCCCAAGUGCCCUAUAGUGGGUUUUAGAGGCAUUUUCACUAUGCUUUUAGGGCCACUAGGUUAAGAGGCUUUUAACAAUGAGAAAUGAUUGGAAGUACAGUGGUCCCUCCACAUUCACUGGGUUUAGGGGUGAAGGACCCCUGUGAAUGUGGAAAAACUGCAAAUGAAAAAACAUAAUUCUUUUUACAUAAGAGAAGAUCUCUCUAGGAAUCUCCAGCUCCUCCAGUGCAACUCUGUGGUAAACAUCUGCCAGAGGUUGAGCAUAGAAUCAUGCUGGAUAAUCCAGAAAUUCACAGAUAAGUGUUUUCUAUAGGAACUUCUAGGUUCUCCAGCACAACUCUGUGGUCAGUUUCCAGCAGAAUUUCUCUGGAGGACCUAGAGAUUCCUAGAGAGAACAUAUUAAGCAAAGCCUCAAAUAAAUCCUCAAAAGUCAAAGCCGUAAAUGUGGAGAGCCAACUGUAACUAAGGCCAUUCCUGGGCCUAAAAUGGCCUGGUGAGGGCCAAAAAUGACAAAAUGGCCCCCUAUAGAGCAUGCCAGGCAAAAUAAUUGAAAAUGUAUUUUUUUAAAAACCUGGGAACCACAAAAAAGAUCUCUGGGGUCUGAAUAUCAGUGGGCUGAAUAUCCUGAUCCCCCCAUUAUUUUCCUAAUGUGAAAAGUGGAGUAGCUGACCUCUUUAUCCUAAUCCAGUGGUUCCCAAACUCUGGUCCUCUAGAUGUUUUGGACUUCAGCUCCCAACAUUCCUGACUGUUGGCCAAGCUGAUUUGGGCUUCUGGGAGCUGAAAUCCCAAAUACGUGGAAGCCCAAAGUUUUGGAUCCACUGUCCUAUUCCAGUCUGUCUGGAUUAGAUAUUGUACUGCUGGAAAAAGAAGGCAUGAGAAUGCAAAGGCUAAAAAAACACUACGGGUAUGCAUUUAGCUGGGCCUGCUCCCCAGAGAAAGAAGGCAAAUGGAAAAGUUUCAAACAGUAGUCCUUGACUUAAUGACUGGAUAUGGAAAAGUUACUUUUUUUGGACAACUCCCAGGAUCCUCCAGCUAGCAAGGCUGUGUCCUGCAGAAUCCUGGGGGAUUCUGUGAGUAGUCCAAAAAUGGAGACACCCAUACACGUGCUACAAGCUGCUUUAAGGUUUGUUUCUUUGGGAUUGGCUAUUUGUUUCUUACAGAAUCUGGAAAUAAUUCAGCUCUUUCUCAGGAUGUUUCAUAAGAAAGCUUGAGCAGUGAAUCAGGCAUAGUCUGAGGUCAUGCAGAAGUUGCAGUUAGUGAACAAUCAAACUUUUUGACCUCAAUUGACGAAAGUAGAAAUAAGGGAAUUUUUCCUGAAUUAUGGCUCCUGUCAGUAUGUGCCCUUACUUGGGAAAUACCUUUAUUACACAUAGUGGGGUGCAGUUCUGAAGAAACAUGUAUAGGAUUGUACUGUAAGCUCAUAUAGUAACCUUGCAGUUUUGGAAGAGUUUUCUUCUUUGUUUAAGAAUUUGUACAUAUUUUGAUUGGGAGAAACACAUUUUGUGUCACUGCAUUAAAAUCUCUUUUGUGAGCUCA